AUGUCCACAGCGACCCGGCAGCCCGCUCGCCCUCGGCGCAUCGACGACGCGCUCUCCCAACUCGUCGACUCCCUAACCCCCGCGCUCCCCCUCUCCGCCGUCCAAGGCGACGACGACUACUCGGACCCCGAAGAAGCACUCACCGCAGCCGAGGAACACCGGCACCAGAUCCAGCUCGACCGCGCCUGGCGCGUGCUCGAUGCCCACUACUCAGGCGACCAGCCCUCCUCGCCCGCCGGAGUGAGCGCAGGCACAGCUGAGAAUAUCAACAACGCGCCCGAUCUCAUCAAGCGCAAAUUGCGGCGCGAGAAUGCGAGCCCCGAUAAGGCGGUGCGCUUCUCGAAUCUCUACUCCCGUCUCCUGACGCAGCCAGUGCUCUCGCAGAAAUGGGGGAUUUUGUAUUUGCUCUACCGCCUGUCGGGCUCGGAUGAUCCUGCUACCGCUGCUGCGGAGGGUGAGGAGAGGAGUCGCAGUCCCUUGAUGGAUGAUGUAAAUCUGCACAAUAUGUUGGGGAGGAACACAGCGAUCCCGAGACGAGGCGCUGGACUGGAUUCGGAGGAUGAUGAGGGCCCAGCUAUCAGCUCGUCUGCUUCUCAGCAGCGCGGACCAAGACUGGAGCGCAAUGGAGCCGGUCAAUGUGCGCGCCCCUCUAUGGAUAGAGUUCGGAGUGCUAGUAAUGUCGACUCGGGGGUGAAUGACCAUUCUGGUGAUGAGUAUGGGGUGCAGACUCCAAGGCAGUCAACAAUGCACGCCCAACAGCCUGAAUCUAUGGAGUAUGGGCUGCUGCGUGACCUGCCCUUCAACUUGCAAGGUCUCUCUUCGUCAAACUUGCAAUUCCGAUCAUCCUCUAUCCUGAACCUCCCGCCCAACCUGCCUACUCCGGUCAUCUCGCUGCUCAACUCACUGGCCGAACCGUGUCUGCUUUACAAGGGACUAUCCGAAUUUGUGGAAAGCACAGACAGUGGACUUGUGAAACAGAGUUUACGGGCAGCCAUUGCCAAUGAGUUACGGUCAUAUCUGGGCUUGGUAGCCACGCUCGAGGCGGAAAUCCGACAGGCGCUGGCCGCAAUCGGAGAUGCAAAUGAACCUAAAGGGGUCCGGAAGGGCGGCGUUACUUUAAAACGCUGCCUAGUAUGGACGAGGGACGCUACGAUGGCGCUUCGGCUGAUGAGUUUGAUUGUGGAAGAGGCUCGGAAUAAAAAGGGCGGCCAGUUGAUCUCACUGAUACACAGCUUCUCCUCGUCUCAUGGAGACCCGUUUGUGGGCGCUUUCGCCGAAAAGCUUCUUGCUCAUAUUACGCGUCCGUUCUACGAUAUGCUACGCCUGUGGAUCUACGAUGGCGAACUUUCUGACCCCUAUACGGAAUUCUUUGUCGCCGAACCGGAGUUUAGACCCAGCACUGAUCCACGGCGACUUGCCACGAGCGUCUGGGAAGACAAGUACAAGCUGGAUGAUGAUAUGGUUCCUUCGAUCAUCACACAAGAUUUUGCGAAGAAAGUGUUUCUGAUCGGCAAAUCAUUGAAUUUCAUUCGGUAUGGCUGCGGCGACUCUGGGUGGGUUGAGGCAUAUUCCAAGGAGGCCUCGAAGGAGCUACGGUAUGGCGAUACGGCGAGUUUGGAGACCUCCAUUGACGAGGCCUAUAAGACGACCAUGGCGCGGCUGAUCUACCUGAUGAACGACGAGUUCAAGCUCUUUGAUCACUUGCGCGCACUCAAAAAAUACCUCUUGCUUGGCCAGGGAGACUUUAUUGCUCUGUUGAUGGAGUCGCUGGCUUCCAACUUGGACAGACCUGCAAACUCGCAGUACCGACAUACCCUCACUGCACAGCUGGAGCAUGCCAUCCGCGCGUCGAAUGCGCAGUACGACUCACCAGACGUGCUCCGCAGGUUGGAUGCACGGAUGCUCGAGCUUAGCCACGGCGAGAUCGGAUGGGACUGUUUCACGUUGGAGUACAAGAUUGACGCUCCCGUGGAUGUCGUCAUCACGCCUUGGGGAUCGACUCAGUAUCUGAAGGUGUUCAACUUCCUCUGGCGCGUCAAGAGGGUCGAAUUCGCGCUCAACAGCACUUGGAAGCGAUGUAUGACGGGUGCCCGGGGCGUUCUGGCCAGCGUGGACGACAAACUUGGCCCAGACUGGAAGCGCGCGCGCUGCGUGAUUGCCGAGAUGAUCCACUUCAUCUGCCAGCUGCAGUACUACAUCCUCUUCGAAGUGAUCGAAUCCAGCUGGGACACUCUGCAAGCCGCGGUGUCGAAACCAGGCUGCACGCUGGAUGACCUGAUCGACGCCCACACCAAGUACCUCAAUUCCAUCACGCACAAGGGCCUACUCGGCUCGGCCUCAUCCUCGUCCUCACGCUACGGCAUCUCAACCUCCUCCUCCGCGAAACAACCCGAAGAAAGCUUCCUCAGCCAGCUCCACCAGAUCCUCAAGAUCAUGCUCGCCUACAAAGACGCCGUCGACGGUCUCUACUCCUUCUCCGUGGCCGAAUUCACCCGCCGCCAGGAACUCAGCGCCAAAAUCGAGACCCGCACCGCCCAGGGUCGCUGGGGCGUCACAGAUCAGGACAUGCUCCCUCCCCGCCGCGCCCACAGCCGAGGCGGAACCACCUCGAGGGCAUCUACCCCCGAUGUCCGACCCGCGAGCGCCGCCGGCCCAGACGGCGUGGACACACCCUUCUCGCUUUCGGCACGGGACCUCGCCGCCGACGACAACAUGCUCGGGUCUCUACGUACCCGGCUCCGUGACCUGUCGGUGGACUUCAAGUCACGUCUGAACAUCCUGCUAGGCGACCUAGCGUAUCAGCCCGAUGUGGACAUGCGGUUCCUAGGAGUGGUCAUGAACUUCAAUGAUGUAUAUGAGCCGGUGCGUCGGCGGCGUACGGCUAGCUCGAAGGAUAAAGAUAAAGAGAAGGAAAAGGAGAAAGAAAGGGCAAAGCGUAGGGCUGCGACGUCUAGUGCGGGCGUGGAGGGUACGGCGCAGAAGGAUCCACGAAGGGAGAGGAGGGAUACGGGGAAUAAGGAGAAUUAUGGUGCUGCGGCAUGA